AUGAAGACCACCAGCCUUCCUAGGAAAUUUCUUAGUCGCCGCGAGAAGAAUGGCCACCGUCGUGGUAGAUCUUCUGACCCUGCUCAUAAGCACCGUCCACUAUCAUCCGAAGCUUUCUUUUCCCUGUUUAAGUCGGAAUCCACCAAACAAUCUUCGAGCCCCGACACCGAACGAGAAAAAGAAGUAGCUAAGAUCGACGACAUACGACGUCGACUUGCCGACUUGGAAUUCCCCAUCCUCAGUGAUGACCAGAUUCGAUAUGCGCUCAACUCCAAAUACGCCUCCGGCGAUGUCGACAAAGGUAUCGAGCUGCUGUCACUACAGCAGAAAUCCCUCUCUGGCAAGAUUAUCAGCUAUAACCCAGCUGUUCAUAUGCUUGGGGCCGAAAAUCGAGGAAAUGUAACCUGCUAUCUCGACGCCCUUCUUUUCGCCAUGUUCGCCAAGCUGGAAUCUUUCGAGUGUAUGCUCAAGAAUGAUUCUAUGGAAGAACCACAGAGGAAAUUGGCUGCUCUGCUUCGACUCUGGGUGAACAUGCUGAGAAGCGGGAAGUUGAUCGAAACCGACAUGACCCAACAUAUCCAGGACGCCUUAGCGGCGUGCGGUUGGCGAGACGCACAGUUUUUGGAACAGCAGGACACAUCUGAAGCCUUUGCCUUUAUUACAGAAACACUUCAGCUUCCUCUACUUACCCUACAAGUCGACCUAUUCCACCAAGGCAAAAAUGACGAUGCAGACCAUAAAGUCGUGUACGAAAGACUCUUGAAUCUCGCCGUACCACCGGACAACGACGGCAAAGGGAUUAGACUAGAGGACUGUCUCGAAGAAUACUUCAACUCACAAGUCGAUGUCUUAAGGGAUAGUCUCGAGGAGAAAAAAACCGCGGAAAGAUUAAGCAGGACUCCGAAAUACCAACCCCCUCAUAGUCCGAGCGCAUCCAAAACUACCAUUCGAGUGGUCACUGAAGAUGAUCAUCAAGAAAGCACGACGCUCGAAAAUGAGAGUAGCCCACAUUUAGAACGAAGGUGGACAGUAGCCCUAAAUUCACAGGUGCCCAACCUUCCAUCGGAAUCCGAUGCAGAGUCUUCAGGAUCUCCUCCAGUCACACGACCGCGUCGGAGCCGGACGGAAAGUAUAAUACAACGAGUGGUGCUUGAUGAGCAAGGCACGCCCACGCCAUUCGAAUCCGACACGGCAAGCUUAUUUCAGAGGGCAAAGAAGACGGCUUCGGUUGUCAAGGCCGUGACAAUACCGGCGUGGCAGUUCUUUAAAUUGAUACCUUGGCAUUCGCCGGCCAAUAAAGAGCCAGAAAGUGACCUCGAAGUCGCACGGCAUUUCAACCAACGGCCGGUAGUCGGCAUCUGCUUGAAACGGUACAUGAUGGAUGAAAAGGGUGACAUGAAACGGCAGAAUACAUACAUCGACAUUCCCGAUAGCUUGAGGUUGCCUCAUUUCAUAGUCGACGAGAGACAUGUGGAAGAAUCCGGGUUUGCUGCCGACUAUAAGCUUGUGCUUCAAUCGGUUGUCUGUCACCGGGGAGAUUCGUUGCAUUCGGGGCACUAUGUCUCGUUCUGUCGUGUUGCCCCAAAGCUUCUCACUGACAAUCGCAGACAUGACAGCGAUCCACCUCCGGACUAUGAAGAGGCACAAUGGGUCAAAUUUGACGAUCUUGCGACCGAAAACCGGGUCACGCUUGUUGACGACAUUAAGCAAUCACUUAAAGAGGAGAUGCCCUACUUGCUAUUCUAUCAAAUAGUUCCUAUAGUAGAAGUAGCGACCAGCUCAACCGAGGGCACGGACGCAGAGCCUCCAUCGUAUGAUGACGCAGCACUUAACCUGACCAAUUCAGAGACCUCAGCAGCACAGAGUCAGGAUAGACUCUCAGUUUCCCGCCAACCUAGCAGUUACUUUGAUCACGCAAGUGCGCACCCGUCGGCCAAUGGCAGUGUGCGUUUCUCAGGUGACCUCGAGAGGCCAAUACGCCGUAGCUUCGCAGACGACGACGGGUUUCUCAGUGUGUCUCGUCGAGGCAGCAUAUUCAACGACUCGAACAUGCCAAGCCCCGCGGCAGGUUCGGAUAGGACCUCGCCAGCUGUGACUCCCGGAGAAGAAACGGCGGCACAGAGAAUUAGUCGGGCAGCCGCAAAGUUUAGAAGCAGUAACAAGAGCAGGCCACAAAGUCAAGCAGGGGAAAGUCGCAAGAGCCUAACCGUAUCCAGAUUUGGGGGUUUCAUGAUGAAAUCGAGCAGGGAACCUUUACGAGACUCGAGUUCGACGGAGGCCGAGGAUGACUUCGAAUUUGUGGAGAACGUCAACAAAGACCCUUCCAAGGAAAAUGAGUCGGAUGCGACCCCUACACAGAAACGAGGGAAAUCGAAAUCAAGGUUGGAAAAGGGGAAGGUAAAAGACGGCAAGAAAAUGGGCUUGCCGGACAGGGAAUGCAUUGGUAAGUAA